GCGGGGGCGGGGCUUCCCUUUCCCCUCCCGUCCAAGAUGGCGGCGGCGGCGGUGGUGGCUGCAGCGGCGGCGCGGAGCCUGUCUCGCUCUCGGGGCCCCUGGCUGGCGCCGUCUCUCCCCGGAGGGCCCCGGCCGAGGAUUCUCUGAGGUCAGCGUCUGCCAGAAGCUGCGCUGGAGGACCAACAGAGUCCUAGAAAGAAGACUUCUCUGGGCAUAGAAUUGCACUGGAGGACCUCCCAAUGCCUAGCCAAGUGUGGGCCCUGGACUUGCGCUGGAGCACUAAAGACUCCUAGGCCAACAUGGCGUCCUUGGCAGGUCUCUCACGAGGCAAGAAAGUGGCCCUGACGGCGCUGGGUGUCCUGACGGCUGGAGGGGCUGGCCUGGCCUUGGCCCUCCACACCGCGGUGAGUGCUGGCGAGCUGGAGCUGCACCCGCCCAACUACCCCUGGAGUCACAACGGCCCUCUCUCUGCCCUGGAUCACAGCAGUGUCCGGCGUGGCUACCAGGUGUACAAGCAGGUGUGCUCUGCUUGCCACAGCAUGGAGUACCUGGCCUUCCGCAACUUGAUUGGUGUUUCACACACGGAGGCUGAGGCCAAGGCCCUGGCGGAGGAGAUCGAGGUACAGGAUGGGCCUGAUGAGAAUGGGGAGAUGUUCAUGCGUCCCGGCAAGCUCUCCGAUUACUUCCCCAAGCCCUACCCAAACCCCGAAGCGGCACGGGCAGCAAACAAUGGGGCUCUCCCCCCAGACCUCAGCUACAUUGUCAAUGCCAGGCACGGAGGUGAGGACUAUGUGUUCUCCCUCCUCACAGGAUACUGUGACCCUCCCACUGGCGUGAGCUUGCGAGAAGGCCUCUACUACAACCCCUACUUCCCCGGGGAAGCGAUUGGCAUGGCACCCCCCAUCUAUAAUGAGAUUUUGGAAUUUGACGAUGGCACCCCUGCCACCAUGUCGCAGAUUGCCAAGGACGUCUGCACCUUCUUGCGAUGGGCAGCAGAGCCAGAGCAUGACCACCGCAAGCGGAUGGGCCUGAAGGUGCUACUGAUCGGGUCCCUCCUGGUGCCUCUCACCUACUACUUGAAACGGCACAAGUGGUCAGUCCUCAAGAGCAGGAAAAUUGCCUACCGUCCUCCCAAAUGACCUUCACAGGCAGCGUGGACGUCUCUCUGAUGCCGGAGCGGGGGCUCCCCAUCCUCUGCCCCAGGAAUGUAUGUACAGCCAGGCAGGUGGGCGGGCGCUGCCCUCUGGUGCUUCUGCUGUUGUUUAAUGUGUAUCCAUCGAUCCACUCACCCGCCAAGCCUUGGGAAGAGGACCCUGGGAUGCGGGGUGGAGGUCACCCAAUAAACGCAUUUCUUCAACCAGAAAA